UUUGCAGGUGUCCAUCCAGAGAGUGCGUGUUGAACAGUAAGAUGUCCAUGGUCCUGUUUGCCUCGGUGUUGCGGGUUGGGGAUGGUCUACCCCUGUCUGCCUCCACAGACUAUGAGCAGGACAAAGGCCUACAGGAAACCAAAAAGCAUGUCAAAGCUCUGUCCAAGAAACUCGGCCAGUUCCCAGACCGCUGUGCUCUGAAGACUGGACAGUACAAUAUCAAGUAAGUCUGGCUUUACUGUGAAUCAUAAAGUGGUAUUAUCCAACAUUUUAUAUAAACUCUUGUUGUAGACUUUGAUAUUACCACCACCCAAAGUUGCUAGCAGUUCUCUAUACCGGCGAGACAGCAUCCGAAGCCGCGUCCUCAGAACAUGUGCAGACCAGCUGGCUGGAGUGUUUAUGGACAUAUUCAAUCUCUAUCCCAGGCUGUUGUCCCCACUUGCUUCAAGAUGUCCACCAUUGUUCCUGUGCCCAAGAAAGCGAAGGUAACUGAACUAAAUGACUGUCACCCUGUAGCACUCACUUCUGUCAGCAUUAAGUGCUUUGAGAGUUAAGGAACAUAUGACCUCCACCUUACCCGACACCCUAGAUCCUCUACAAUUUGCAUACUGCCCCAACAGAUCCACGGAUGACGCCAUCGCACUGCCCUAUCCCAUCUGGACAUAAGAAAUAUCUAUGUAAUAAUGCUGUUCAUCGACUACAGCUCAGCCUUCAACACCAUAGUGCCCUCCAAGCUCAUCACUAUGUUCGGGCCCUGGGUCUGAACCCAUCCCUGUGCAAAUGGGUCCUGGAUUCCUAACGGGCCCACCCCAGGUGGUGAAGGUAGGCAACAACACCUCCACUAUGCUGAUCCUCAACACGGGGGCCCCACAAGGGUGCGUGCUCAGCCCCCUCCUGUACUCCCUGUUCACCCAUGACUGGGAGGCCACGCAUGUCUCCAACUCAAUCAUCAAGUUUGAAGACGACACAACAUUAGUAGGCCUUAUUACCAACAACGACGAGACAGCCUACAGGGAGGAGGUGAGGGCCCUGGUGGAGUGGUGCCAGGAAUAAACCCAUCUCCCUCAAUGUCAACAAUAUGAAGGAACUGAUCGUGGACUUCAGGAGACAGCAGAGAGAGCACUCCCCCAUCCACAUCGACGGGGCCACAGUGGAGAAGUUCCUCGACGUGCACAUCACUGACAACCUGAAAUGAUCCAUCAACACAGUGUGAAGAAGGCGCAACAGUGCUUCUUCAACCUCAGGAGGCUGAAGAAAUUUGGCUUGGCCCAUAAAACCCUCACAAACGUCUUCAGAUGCACCAUUGAGAGCAUCCUGUCAGGCUGUAUCACCGCCUUAUAUGGCAAUUGCACCAUCCACAACCGCAGGGCUCUCCAGACGGUGGUGCGGUCAGCCCAACGCUUCACCGGGGGCACACUGCCUGCCCUCCAGGACAUCUACAGCACCCGGUGUCACAGGAAGGCCAAAAAGAUAAUUAAGGACCUCAGCCACCCGAGCCAUGGCCUGUUCAUCCCGCUUCCAUCUAGAAGGCAGAGCCCGUACAGGUUCAUUAAAGCUGGGACCGAGAGACUGAAAAACAGUUUCUGUCUCCAGGCCAUCAGACUGUUAAAUAGUCACCACUAGCCGGCCUCCGCCCAGUACUCUGCCCUGAACUUAGCCACUGUUACUUGCCGGCUACCACCCGGUACUCUACCCUGCACCUUAGAGACUGCUGCCUUAUGUACAUACAUAGUCAUUGAACACUGGUCACUUUAAUAAUGUUUACAUACGGUUUUACCCAAUUCAUAUGUAUAUUCUGUAUUGUAGUCCAGGCUUAUCCUAUAUAACUACUGCUGUACACACCUUUUCAUAUACUGUCCAUAAUGUCUAUACACACCAUCAUAUAUUUAUAUGUUCUGAUAUUUCUUAAUUCCUUUCUUUGAAUUUUUGGGAUUUGUGUGUAUUGUUAGGUAUUAUUGCACUGUUGGAGCUAUAAAACAUAAUCAUUUCGCUGCACCUGCGAUAACAUCUACAAAAUAUGUGUACGCGACCAAUAACAUUUGAUAGUUUAAUUUUGCUUUGAAUAUCGGUGUUAUCACUCUGUCCUCAUUUUAUAAAAUGCUUAGAGGCCAUCUGUUUACAUGGAAAUGGGUUAUUAGCUAAUUGGUCCCAUUAAGACAGAUAUAGGUUUGAAUAAAAGGAGCGCACACAUGCACAUCCCUCUCUCCAGCAGCAAGGUUGGUUGGCCAUCCACUCUACAGUCUGAAGCCUCAUUUGAUUUUUCAAGGCCCAACAUUGGCCUUGACACUGUGAAGGAAGGUGACGGCGGACGUGCCAGGCAGCAUUUAAAUCACUGGUUGAUUUAAAGAUCCUUUUGGGCAAUGCCUAACUCGGAUGUAUUGGACUUUUUUGAGGGGUUCUGCUCUGAGUGGGUGGGGCUGUGAUUUUAGUCAGUCCCUGCCUGUCACUCUCCAAAUGACUGUUAUUCAUCAUAAGCAAAGGGGGGAAAAAGAGCGUGAGCUCGCUAUCCCCACUUCCCCUUCUCCUUUUAAUGCCUGUUUGGUGUGAGUCGUGUUCUUUCUGUGAAGAAAUUCACAGUGGUAAACAUACUGGCAUCACUCUGCUCUACAAUGCAGCCACACAACUAACAAGCCUUCAAGCCACCUGAUGUUGAAUAGAUUUUCUGUAAUUUUAUUGAUAGAUUGGUUGAAAACACCAUUCUUUGUUGUGUUAGGCUAUAUCUUAGAGAUGGUCAUUUUCCACACCGAUAGGAUGAUGCCAGUGUUUGUUACAGAUAGGUCUAUCUCAUGACAAUGCAGCUAGGCUACAUUCAUUGAAUUUUGUCUUGAAGAACAUCACAUGCAGGGACAUUUCUUAGUUCUGGAUUUGUGUACUUAGAUACUGUACUUCCCACUGUUCAGCACUGUAAUUGCAGUAGAUGAUAGUCAUCCAAGGUAAUCUUGGUGUGUGUUAGUUUCACCAGCUCUCUGGGACUGGGAUAUCUGAUGGUGUGUACAGAGAACUACCCCAAUGUCCUGGCCUUCUGUUUCCUGGAUGAGCUGCAGAGAGAGUUCAUCAUCACAUACGACAACAAACGUGUCAACAGCGCUGUGAGGCCAUACUCCUUCAUAGAGUUUGGUGAGUCUCUCCUCUGUUUUCCCUAGCCUGGUCCCAUGUCUGUGGUCCUGUAACCAACUCCUAUGGUCGGUAUGACAUGACAAAUGGCCAUACAUUGGCAAGACCGCAGGAUCUGUGACCAAGCUAUGUUUUCCCUACAAAUGCACAUUUUGCCUUACUGUCAAAUCAAACAUAGGGUUUCCCUGUUUUGAAGCAACACUUUCAAAUUGAAACCCUGUUUUACCUAUAUAAUUACUAUUAUCAUACUAAUCAUUCUAUUUUUAUGGUUGUACCAUUUUCGAAAUUCUUUUGAUAGAGCAAGUAUAGACUGUACCAGCAGAUGCUGCUAUGACAUACCUUUCCAGCGUAGGUUGUAUUUUCAUGAUAAAUAUGUCCAACCAUUCUCAAACCGUUGUUGUGUUACUGCCACUUCCAGACAACUUCCUCCAGAAGACGAAGCAGCGCUACAAUAGCCCCCGCUCUCUGUCCACUAAGAUCAACCUGGCUAACAUGCAGACAGAGCUCAAGCUGCGACCGACAUACCAGCUGUCCCCUGAGGACCUAGGAUCCAUCAACAACUUCUCAUACCGCACGGCCUCCAAGUACAAGGGCAUAGGUAGGUUCCACACAUGCACGCACCAGGGUUUCCCUUAGCCGGUAAUAGCCGGCUUUUGUCCGCUAAUAAAAUUGAAAAGCUUAUGAAUAAAAUUGGUGCCGGCCGAUUGUCCAGGAGAAUAAAAAUUCCCAUUGUGAAAUAAUACUUUUUAGCCUAUUCAAUUAUGGAAAUACCAGUCGCUGUGAAUACAUUUGACUGGUCAUGCUUAUCGUUCUAUAGGUUAAUUUGCAUAAUUAGUUGAAUUAAAUUGGCACGUGUGUACAGUAUAUUCGUUAUGUAUCUUAUUUAUCACACGCAUACAGAUACAGAGCCUUUGCGUGAAAAAUCUGUCAGACAGCGCAAGAGCUUCUGCUGCAGAAGUAUGUGGAAAAAUACUAAGUCAAAUCAUGAAGUCAGUGAUCUUCAGGUCGGAAAGUCGGAGUUCUAGAAAGAGGCCCGAGAUUCCGAGUUGGAUGACCGUUUAAAUAGAUUUUUUUUAUUUUUUUUGACUUGAAUGCUCGGAAGUCGGAGAUUUCCGAGUUCACAGUUUUGAACGCGGCAUCAAACGGCAACGGAAGGCAGGCUUAAUCAGCAUGUCACACACCACUUUGCAAUGAGCUGGAGGCAGUAUGCAUUUUGAAGACAUAUACUUAGUUGUUUGAAACCUGAACAUUUUAAUACAUAUUAUGAGGCAUGUCUUACCUUGCUUCAAAGUAUGAAAAUGUAUGCACUCACUAACUGUAAGUCGCUCUGGAUAAGAGCGUCUCCUAAAUGACUAAAAUGUAAAAUGUAAGUAGCCUAUCAGAUCUCUUCUCUUCCUACAUUUAUAACGGAUAUUUUCAUCUGUCAUAUGAAACUGCUCGCAUGUGCUGUGCCAUUUUGACAACGGUGUUUUCACGCUAAUUACAUUAUGGAAAGAACAUUUGUACAUAGCCUAAUGCCUUGUGCACAUUGCUGUGUUUAUAAUGUGAAGAAAUAAAAGUUCAUCAACAUUUUUAAGCUAAACGUUCUGAUCUAUUGCAUCAGACUCACUGUUUUUUAAUGUUUAUUUUUAUGUAGCCUAGGCCAACUUGUUGUGUACUGUCCCAGAGUGUUUGGAAUAGGCUAUUUCUUUCUCGACAAGCUAAGCAAUAGAAUAGGUAGCCUAGACUUUUCUACUAUAGUAGAUUGACAUACUGUAGACUAGAGAUUUUUGUUGGCUGAGACCUUUUUCAAUCAAAGCGCCUAGCUGCCUUUGAUGCUUUUAGGCACUGUAAAAAAUGACUCUUCACGUAAGCUUUAACAUAACCACUUAACUGUGUACUGAUUGACAAAUGGAUUUCAUUUGCAUUCCAUCCUCCUCAUUCUAAUCCUCCCUUUUCCCAUUUACUGUAGGUAACUCCCAUUGUCAUGUUAGCACGUUUAAAAUGGCUUCCAUCCAUUCCAUACCUCAUGGACAGCUUGGUUGGGAACAUAUUGGAACAGAGCCAAAGUUAAUCACAUGACAGCCCUAUAGGGGCAGCUCUCUGAAGGACACCUUACCCUGCAGCUGUCGUGUGUGUGUGUGUGUGUGUGUGUGUGUGUGUGUGUGUGUGUGUGUCUGGCCCGGCCCCUCCAUUAGUGAUCCCUGACUGAGACGGGCCUCCACAGAGCCCCUUGCCUGCCACUCCUGACGCUCUGGAUCAGUAACCCCUCUGUUGACACCUUCACACCUCUGUAACCCCAGCUAAGUGAUUCUGUCCUGGGUCACCACAGCUCCUCUGUCUCCCUCAAGAACCACUGCUUUCCUAUCACUCACUGUGGAUAGGGGAAGAGUAGGAAGAAUGAUCAUCACAACAUUGUCAUAGCGCUAUAGUUAAGAUUUCCACAUUUUGGGUUUGAAUCAGUGGUUUCUUUUCAGAUUUGGGGAGAAUUCUAAGAUUGCACAUUCAACUGGAGGCCCGCGGGCCAGAUCCCACCCUUUUAUCAAUUUAGCCUUGCCCCUUGUUACAGGCUGGCUGAUACCUUGUCAUCUAAAAUGCUUAAAAGAGGAACUGCGAUAUAAAUAGUUAUAAAAGCAUUUCAUUUAUUUAAAAAUCAGCAGACUUCCAAAGUAAACGCACAUGGCUGAUGGCUAAAACAAAUGGCUCUUCCACACAGUCAGGAAACAUACCUUUUCAAGAAAACACAGGCCCCGAUUACACAUUGCAGGCACCUGUGCCGAUUUGCCACUCCCACCAAUUAGGCAAUACAGUGAGCGAUGCGCUACAACCGGACAUGUUUGGAGAUGAUAGAAAGCGCAGGUUAUGGAUUAAAUGAAUGCUGAAUUGAUACAGAAAAUAAGUAACAUUGCAUCACAAUGAAUACUUUGAACGAAAUAUUUAAAAAUAUUAAUUUAGUCCAUAGUGAACAUGCAUUUCGGGGGGGGGGGGGGGAAUCUGACAUUUAUUGUCAAAAUGACAAGUGCUACUAGGCCUAAUAGUGUGGUCUCUAGUGCUAAUUUGGCGUGUUUUUUAUUUAUUAAUUUUUCUUCCUAUGAAUUUGGCUCUAGCCUUUGAAUGGUUUGGGCUAUAACCCCAUGCAUGAAAACUAAGACUCUCAGGAACACAUACGUGUCUUCUGUUUCUCUCUGAUGCAACAUGUUAGAACCUAAUGACUGGGGAAAAUGAAUUCAAAGCAUACUUCCUUCAGACUGGAAUUAGGCUACUUGAUUGCCAUAUUUGUGUUAUAACUUUUAUUGAGAUAAUGGCAAUAAGUCCAGAUUCAAAUUUCCUUAAAUAAUUUGUACACACAUUUGUUUCUUAAAACAGAGAAUCAAAUAAAUAGCUUGCUGGUCCAUGUUAUCUCUAUCUCUGUUAGGGGAGUAAAGAGGAAACAUGUUUUCAGAGGAUUUUAAAACUACCUGAUUACUUUAAUCAACAUUUAAGUGCUUUGUAUGGUAUAUGUGUGUUGUUUUUGAUAGUUCUUCUGAAGAGGAUCACAUUCAGCAACCCUGGCAUCCAGUAGACCCAUUGGAUAACAUGUCCUAAUCAUCUAAGACCGAAACCCAUGUUCAGACUCCUGAUAAUUACCCCAAACACAUUCAUAUGAUUGUUAUUAUUAGCCAAUUAACUAAUAAUUUAGCUGUAGUGGCACCGCCCAUUAAUCCUAUUGGUCUGCAUCACUUGGAGGCCAUUCUAGAGUGAGCUCAGCGUCCCACAAUCCUGAGCUGUGGUGGGGAAGCAACGUGAUGAAGAUGACAGGGGCAGAGAUGCCUCUUUUCCUUAGACAUUGUAGUUUCUAGUUUUGCUGUUGGUGUAAAUAUCUUUCUGGGGUUUUGUCAGAUGUUGUUUUUGUUGGUGUCUGGCCCCUCAGCAAUUAACUUUUGGAAAAUGUGGCCCCCAUAAGAAUAUAGUUGAAUAGCCCUGGUGUAGUGCUUUACCAUUUAUUUUUCACCUAUUCUCAGAACCCAUAAACUAAUCCUGCUCUAUGUAGCUAUUUUUCAAAUUUAUAUUAAUUUAGUCACAAGACUACUUUACACCAAACCCUAAGUCAGUGAAGUCUCUGGCAGGGAGUGUGUAUUGUGAUCCUUCAGGACAGAAUGUGGCGGUUUUAUUUCAAUCAGUAGAGCUUCUUAAUGUGUCUAUGGCUCAUUGGCCAGCAGGUCAUUACUGCUGAUUCUGAACAGUUCCCUUCCUCUCCUCCCAGCUCCCAGCCAGCAGCUUGAGCCUGUGUGUCUACCUGGCGUUGUCUCCUGUGUGCUAAGCAUCCUCUGUGGAGGCCUCAAUCUACUCCGAGGGGUUCAUGCCAUAGAGAGCGUUAUGCAGGUACAGUAAGACCAUAGAGAUGCAUUGCAUUAUUCUAUUUCAUUCUAUGGGUAUGACAAAAGUGAACACCUGUAGCUAUAAUAUGUCAAACCAAGCCUUUUCAUAGGAAUCAUUUAAACACCUCUUAGUUGGAGAUACGCUUAUUGCAUUUCAGGGGCUAUUUUUGUCCAGUGCUUUUGUUAGCUGGUUUCUUGUUGUUUCACCAAGCCUUUUUGAAAGCCUACCUGCUGCUAAACAUUCAGUGGCUAUACUUUAAUUGACCUCAAUCUAUUCUUCUCCCUUCCUUCUCUACCUCCUUACCUUCCUGUGCAUCCGCAGAAUGACGACCACGAAGACUUUAAUUACGUGAUUGCCUUUUUCCUGGGCACAGCAGCCUGUUUGUAUCAGGUAAGUGAUAGUUAGUAAGAGCUGCCCGGCUGACACUGUGCUGACUGACUAACAACCCUGCACUUUACAUCACAGCAUGAUUUACAUCACAGCUCUCAUUGUACAGAGGGGGGUGUUAGUUUGACCAAGAUACUUUUGUGUAUAUAUACUGUAUGUGGACAUCGCUUCAAAUUAGUGGAUUUGGCUAUUGGUCGUGUAGUCUAGCUACAGUUUUCACAUAAUUGUGCUCUGUAAGUGUCCUUGGGUACACUGAAAAGUGCAAAAAAUAUGUUUUUGAUGCAGUCUAUGGCUUUUUUUAGAUUGCUGAUUGACGCUUGCACUAAAUAAUUGGGGUGUUCUUCAUUUAAAAUCAUUGAUCGUUACUCUCUUGGUCAAAUAAUUGGACAUGGUUUGAAAGCAAAGAAAGAUUGGUGUCCUGCAAGGGAUCUUCAUUUCCAAUACAAUGCAGGAGCUCUAUUGUUCUCACAGAAGUUGAUCUCUCUCUCUCUCUUUCUCGCUCUCGCUCUCUCUCUCCUCAGUGUUACCUGUUUGCGUACUUCUCUGUGUGGAGGAACAGUAAGUCGUUCCUGGCCUUCGCCCUGAUCUGUCUGUCCAACAUGUACCUGUAUGAACUGAGGAACGUGUGGCAGAUCCUCUUCCAUGUGACUGUAGGGGCCUUCACGACACUACAGAUCAGACUGAGGCAGCCGCAGGGCAAAGCUCCGGACUAC